GUUGCUCAGCCAGCCUAUUCAGCCCAUGAUGCCCGGGUCCUGCAACGCAAGACACCCGUCAGACCUCAGCGCGGCGGGAUCUCAGGCUGAGUAUUCUCAAACCCAACAAAUGUUUCAAAGUUUGGAAGUGCAGACUUCCAGCAGCAGCUCUCCGAUCGUACUGAUGGGACAAGCAGUGUUAAACCAAGGGUUUGCCUCCACGCCUCCUUCCCAGCCAUCCUCUCUGCCACCUAUGCAACUCCAGCACCAACAGCAUCAGCAACAACGCUACCUGCAGGUGCAAACACCAAGCUCUUUGCACAAUGAGCAACCCGAUUCUUUGCUCCUGCCAUCUUACUCACCACAGCAAGGAAACAUGGGCUAUCAUCAGACACAGCAGCAGCAACAACAACUAACAUCAAGAAGAAGCAAUAGCUUAUCAGAACCAUCAAAUUUACCACAGCCACUGCGAUAAGAGUCCCACCAGCACACUCAAUGCACAAUUAGCUUUAACCAAUGGGCACACAGGGCAGAGGAGAAUGACUUUGUACUUACUGUUUCGGCUUUUGCACAAGCAUUUCUUUCAAAGCUCUACGACAGAAGUACGCCACCGAGCGCAGGCUGCCACAGACAGCGCUUUUACGGCCCGCCGGGAUCAGUUUGCACCGUGUCGUGAGCACGGGACGUACCGACAGAGCAAAACGAAAAGGAACGCUCUCCUGCGUGGCCUCCGUCGUCAACGGAGGCGUGUCACUCCGAAAACUAUCUGGAGAUUCCAAAAGACUGUCGACGGACUCGUGAGGUACUUGGCCUUCACUGUUUCAGUUCUUCUUUUGCAUAUGAAAAGCACUACGUCAAAGGUCUAUUGAGGAGAGAACAAGAGAUUAUUUUUAUUAUGAUUAUUGUUAUUAUUUUGCACAACUGCACAGAGGACAAAACCUAGGCACUUUCUGUAAAGAGAAGUUUGUUUCCUUGUGGCCAAAUUAGCACAUCCAAUGGAGUCAUUGGUGAAAAUGGUCUACAGCUCAUAACCCUUGAUUUAGAAUCUGAAAAGUAUUAUGCAGCUCACCCUAACUGUUCUUCGAUAUGAAAAAAAAAAAAAACACAAACAAAAAUAACUCCACAACCCACACUGGACUGUUUUUUAUAUGAAUUGUGGUUGCAGAUGAGAACUCAAGUUGUAAGCACAAUCGUGCAACUCUCCGAUAGUACAACAUGGAUCCUUCUUCAACCUCAACCCACCCACUGCAAGUCUCUGAGAAAUAUGCACUGUGUUUUGGCCCACUGACUUGGGAUGCUGCAGACUAUUACAUAUCUCUUUCAUUAUAACAUUUAGGAUUGAAUUUUCCUUUGGGGGGAAAAAAAAAGAAAUGCACUUUUCGCUUUUUUUGUAUGUUUUCUGUUGAUAUGUUUCUAAGAAAGAUUUUAUGUAAUUAUUAAAUGAAAAGUAGUGUAUUGUACAGCUGUUGUAAUAAUGACCUAUUUCUAUAUAAAAUAAAAUUAUAUGGAAUUAUGUGGAAAUUAUUUUGUAUAUGAAAUAUCAACUCAUUUCACAAGUAUAAAGAUUGUGCUUGUGCUUUUUUGUGAGUGGAUAUUUUGUAAUAAACUAAUGAAUUAGAAAUGUUUUUGUGAAGGGAACUACUGUUUCAUGACAUAUGCGACUCAAACUAUUAUUUUUUUUUCCAUUUAAUGAUGGACAGUUGUCUUUAUUUGUAGAAUAAAAUAAAAUAGCCAAAAGGCUUUAUUUCAGGACUUGCA